UGUUUGCGUCUCAAAAUGCGUGAACACACUGCACGGACUUUGACCGGAAUGCAUAAAGUGCCUUAUCAGUGGGUUUCAAAGCAGAUCCCAUUCAGUCGGGCAUGAAUAAAUGAUCAUCGCUGGCGAGGGCGACAGACGCAGAAACAGAGAGGAUGGAAACAGUCGCGCUUCGGACUUUAAAUAUACAAGUCGUGAUGAAUUUGUGGGCGUCGUGAGCUGAUAUUGUGUCUAUAUAGGGGCGCAGCCAUUUUAGCUUCAGUGUGAGCAUCCACCGAGAUUUCGGUGAUGAUAUUGAUAAUUUAGUCCGCUCGGCUUCUGUUUGUGACCCGCCUUUACUUUUGACGGGGCACUGCGUCAGGAAAUAGGCAUUCGCUUAGGAAAAUCUAAGCAGCCUUGACUUCCUAACAGAACUCUCUCCACAUUAGUCAUGACAGAGCAGCUGGGUUUAUUUGUAUGGAUAGUACUGUGUGAUUGGUUCAAGAGGCCGUUUCUUCAGUUUAUCCAAGUGGUCCUGGAACACGCUCUAUGGCGCCCCCCAAACCGAAAAUAAUCCGUGCCGCUGAGAUCGUGGACGACCCGGAUCUGGUCGCCCCGCUGCCCUACCUCAAUUUCCUCCGUUACCUGAAGCGGAAGUUCUUUCGCAGCUACGAUCUGCGCCGCUUACUCCAGGUGGGCCUCGUCCAUUGGAACACGCUGAGCGAUGCCAAAAAGAGGUUGUUCGAGCCAGAACGCAUUCUGGCCCGUGUGGCUCGCAAGCGAAGGACUACUCGGCAGCGACGAUUGCUGCGCCGUAGUCUGAAUGGUCAAAAAAGAGGUACUGCAGUGCGACGCCCGAUCUACGACAAGCGUCCUUCGACGCGCCGCCGCAGACCCAAGUAGAGAGAUCUGAACAUCUGGAAGUUGCUUUUCCUCUCUUUUUAGUCCACAUUAGCACCUUCCCAUUCCGGUGAUUCUUUGACGCAGUGACAGCGACGUCCUCUACUAGUAACAAGCUGGUCAUGCAAACAUAACGUGGAGAUCGACCAAAAAUCCUACUUGCCCUCUGGAAACCAGCUUGCUUUAACAUAUUAUCUUGCGUAAUCAAAACUCUGUCGCGUGGGAUGCUGGAUAUAUGUAAACACAUACUCUGAAAUCACUUUCUCUUUUUUCACUGCCUUUGGACUCUGUUGCAUUUGGCCCGGUGAAGAGGAGCAUUUCAAGUGCGCUUCCCUGAAAUGUUAACGCUAUGCUCUUUUUCAGACCUUUUGGCAUUUGCUGUUGUCUAUUUGCUCGAAGUAUUCUUCAAUUAUCGUGGAUUUGUCAGUUAAAUAAAUGUAUAGAUUAAUUUCAAAUACAAAAUGCUUUUUUUCGCAUUAAUUACGUCACCCUUCCAUCAAAUCAAGGUCCAACCAGUCUUCAGCUGCUGACUGUCUCUGUCAAAGCGAUAUUGCCAUGCGAACUGAACAGAAUUAUAUCGGAUCAACCCAAACCUUUUAACCUAAUGUAUGCACCAUGGGUGAUUAGCUACAACAAGGAUAUAGAUGCUCCAAGCAUGUGCACACAACAAGACAGAUAGUGGAAAAACACC